AUGAGCAUAAAGCGGGAUCCUUGCCUGGUGUCCCGGCGCAGUCGCGCCACUGACGCGGCCGACCUCUCACGACUAGCACAGCUUGCCACAGUUACCUCGUGUGCUCCCUCCGCGGCGUUAUUUCCGUGGAGAACCGAGUCAGAUUUUCUGACACUCAUUGAGGGUUCCGUUAUUUGCAUUACAGCAACCUCCACAAUCACGGGAAAAGUGGCAGGAUUUGUUUGUCUGGACGACAUACCGCACAUCACUUCGAUUCCUGGAGACGCGUGGGAACACACACUGGAGCGUGGUGAGAACCAAGACGGGGAUGAGGCUGGGGCGCACAUUGCGCCGUACAACACGCUGUGGUUAAAGGCUUUGCUCGCGCCUCCUUCCAGUGCAUUCCGCGUGAAUGGAAUUGCCCCGGACGACGCCAAGGCCUUUAAACUUGAGAGGGAACUGUUACUGUUUGCCUACAAGGAGGAAGACGUUAUUGUGGAACUACUAUCCACUGUGCUAACUAAUCUGCCACAAACGAUGCAUGUGCUUGUUGCUUUUCCGUCGGGGUGCGUGUAUCCGCCGAUUGAAGGAUUUGGCACAAAAAUUGUGCCCCUUGUGGGAUGCCGUUUUGAGGGCUCGUUUCUUCACAUUAUGGCUUCCAACCUGGUGCCGCGGCUGCAGUUUCGCUUGGGAAUCAUGGAGGACUACGAUGACUUUGUUCCGCACCUGCUGAGUGGCUACGGUCUCAUCACGGCACUACCAGAGGAGUUUUACCUGGAUGAGGUGCUCAAGGACCAGGACACGUUUCACAAGGUUAUCACUGCGGAAGACGCCGUCACUCAUCGUAUGGUUGGCCUUAUGUGCCUAGAGGCAUCCAUUGAGACGCAACAGAUGGUUUCACGGCAAUACAUGACGGAGGUAUUUGGCAAACUUCGCCCUCUUAGCGGCAGGUGGGGUGACUUUAAAAGCAACACCUUUGACACCCCAAAUGUGGUGAAAAUUAACUUUUUUCAACUUGAUCCGAACUACUCCCUGUGUGCCGAUCACUUUCUGCCGUUCGUUUUUCAAGAGUUUCCGUACGUGGAAUACGUCAUGAUCAUCCUCCCCCACGAGCAGGAGGAACCUCCGUUUUUGCGGCAAUUUGAGUAUAUCCCACUGCGACGGUAUCACCCACGGAGCGCGAAGGGAGAGACAAUUCCAACGCCAGAGGGGCUUUGGAUCACCUGCCGCUACGCCGUAGACCCUGUUGCAGUACUACCGGUGAGUAGGAGCGAGGAUGUUGGGAGAAUCUCGUCAUUUCUUGAAGAGUCAUUCAGUGAAUUUUCACAGCAGCACGUCGCGGCUUUGUUGGAGGACAUCGGCAUCUCACAUUCAGGGGAUUCGUCGUUGCAGGACCGUCGAUCGCGAAUUUCGGUCUCCUUCAUACUUGAGUCUCCGCUGGGUGGAACGGGGGAGCCAGCUGUUGUGGGUGUGGCCUCAGCGCGGCCAAUUGCGUUGCACGAGAUGUAUGCGUUGCGCGCCAAUUACGAUGUGGAUGCCUUUGUUAACUACUAUACUGAUGGCCCGAGGGACUACACCGCAACGGAGAUUCACCUCUCCGCUGAGGAAGGGCGAAGAAAGUUUUUUAGACAAGAGAUGCAAGGAAUUUUGGUGCGUAGUUUUUUCACGAAACCCGUGUACCGCCGUCACAUUCCAUUUUUUGUGCGGGAGAUGCUGCGUCACAUGCACGUCGAAAUGGCACUCGUGUUGGAAGAUGGCCAAGCUCCGCCGUUUGCACCGCUGCUACGGCAGUUACUGCGCGCACCGCCACGUCGCGUGCAGGAGAAGAAACACAUGGCUUUUGGAGAGUUGAAGUCAGAGUCGUUGGGCAUGAUUGAGGGAGAAGAUGUCAUGGCGCUUGCGUGUCUGUUUGUCGGCACCCGACGUAUACUUGGGGAUCGCAAGAAACUCAUACACACUCGUAUUGUCGUGGUGGGAGCCGGUUCUACGGGGUUGACAUGUAUCCAUCGGUUUCUCUCGGUUCCAUAUGUGCACUUUACUAAUCUUGUUCUUGUCUCCGUCGAUGGCUUGCCUGCACACCCCAACCAGCAGUCAUACAUGUGGUCCGCUGACCACAUGGAGCUGCUCGAGCGGGAGCACAUGAGUCUUGUGGUUGGAAACCCCAUUCGCGUUGUUUACGGCUCCGUUGUGGACGUCGACACAACUCAGAAGUACGUCACUAUUGACGACGGCUCCUAUGAGCCGUACGAUUAUGUUAUUCUUACCACAGGGCGUCAAUACGUUGUGCCGCAGUCCAUAUGCCAUUUGCAUCAAUCUGUGCAACCCCCGACUUUGCAUUCGCAGCGUGGUUUUGUACCAGAAGGCACUUUGGCUCUUGAUGGCGAGUCAUCUAUGGAAAAACUUCGUCAACAUUUGCAUGACUUGGAUCAAAAUCCAAAUAAUAUUAGCAAUAUUGUUGUGUACGGCUCUGGUCUAGACGCUUUUGCGGUGGUGACGUCUAUUGCCAAACUUGGCUUCUCCCCACAACAAAUUAUUUUGGUGAGUCCAGAGACCUCCAACCCUUUUCUGGACAAGGACGCCUUUGACUGCAUUGUGAAGAUGUACAAUUCAUUAGGCAUAAACACGUUGCGUGGCUACGGUGUGACUCGAUUGGAGUACGACGAUGAUGGUGGAGCUCUAAUAACCGUUGUGGUGUCGCCAGUCUCGGUCUCUGAGGAAGGUGACAAUGAGGGUUUUACAGCAGGCAUUUCAAACUCCGUGGAACUGGACUGCAGCCUCAUUGUCUGCUGUGAAGACAAGGAUAUUAACAGUCAUGUACUCUCCACUUUGAAUAGACGUUCUAUUGUUUUCGACGGACGUGUCAUUGUUGAGGCGAACUACCGUACCAUAGACAAAUGCGUGUACGCAGCUGGUCCCGUGGCGAUGUUUACACGUCGCUACGGAACAACUCCAGGCUUCGAUGAUUUUAACACCCGUGAUGUGGGGACAAGCUUGGCGGAGGUUCUUCUCGGGGUCUUUGGCCUUGAGGAGUUUGCUGAUCAGAGCCACACUGAUGUAGAGGAUAAGGAAGAGGAGUUGGUCGCGGCGCACAACCAACUAUACACCAGAGUUCUGCGCGAGAACGGGAGCCGUCGGACGGAUUUCUUGAUGGGCACCGUGCCCGUGUCCAUGGAUGACGACAGGAAGAGUAUCACGUCACUCCAGAAAAAAUUACCGUCGUAUGCUUCGCCGGUGACGAGUCGCAUUCGUCUUCCUGGCAGUUACCUCUUUUUCUACUGUAGAUCAGUAGAUUUUAAUCCGGCGCGGUGCCUGCGUCUCUGCUACUCCAACAUUAAGGAAAGCACACCUAUUGUGACGGGCAUUGUGGAGUUAAAUCCAAUGCUUGGCCCAACCGACAAUGCAGAGGCAACACAGAUGCCUGAACAAAGUCUAUUCGUGAUUUACGUGGACGAGCAGACCCACUUCAUUGAGGCGGUGGUGUACUUUGGAAACGGUAGCCCGGAGCUGUACCACUACAUGUGCUUGGUUGGGAUGCCGCAGUCCCUGCUGAACCUCCUUUACCGCUACGAGGAGGCCCGUGUCGUAAGCAGCGAUGCGGCAAGAGGGCGGUCGAAUAGCAAUGACGAGGGCCAUAGUGCGGAUGGUGAUAGCAACGCUGGUGGUCUGAAUCUAAUGGAGUACCUCCGUUCCCCUAAGCUUCAGAUCCUCUUUUAUGAUCGAUUCACCGUUUUCUAUAUGGGACUGCGGGAAAAGAUGCGGACACAUAAGGCGUUGAUGGAGGUAAAGUCUCGCGCGCUUGUGUUUGUUAGUAGGCAGUCGCAGCUCACAACGGAAAAGCGGAACGAGCUCCUCAAGGAGUUAACUGCAGAGAGCAGCGCGUUCGCGCGGCAAGUGCAGUAUGAGCUUUUAAAGUUUAUGCAUGAGAACAAAGACUACCUGCCGCAGAUUUACUAUUUGCCAGACAUCCAUGCACAUGUACAGCAGAAUGCGAGGACGCCGUCGCCGUCGCCGUCGCCAGGAAACAGCACGGAAGUGGUGUAG